AUUCCACGCGACUCCAUCGCACAAAUACCAUCAUCAGUCCACCACCUCCCUCCCACACCAAGCAACCCAACACCAAGCAAGCACUGCCGAUCCUCCCUCGCCGCCCCGAUUCCGUCCCUUCCCCGCUGCGGUCGUCUCCGCUCCGCGCAAAUGGCCAAUGCAGCGUCAGGGAUGGCUGUGGACGACGAGUGCAAGCUCAGGUUCCUGGAGCUGAAGGCCAAGAGGACCCACCGCUUCAUCAUCUACAAGAUAGACGAGAAGAAGAAGAUGGUUGUUGUGGAUAAAGUUGGCGAGCCCGUGCUGAACUACGACGAUUUUGCUGCAAGCCUUCCCGCGAAUGAGUGCAGAUACGCCAUCUUUGACUACGAUUUUGUGACCGAGGAGAACUGCCAGAAGAGCAAGAUAUUCUUCAUUGCAUGGUCUCCUGAUACGUCGCGCGUGAGGAGCAAGAUGAUCUACGCGAGCUCCAAGGAGAGGUUCAAGCGGGAGCUCGACGGCAUCCAGGUGGAGCUUCAGGCUACCGAUCCUGCCGAGGUUGGUCUUGACGUGAUCAAAGGCCGUGCAAACUGAGCAUGGCCAAUGCUGCUGCUACCUAAGUACAGUAUGAGGCAAUGGUUAUGAGUGGUUGUCAUGUGCUACUUACGGGACUAUGUAACCAGCAUCCAUCGCAGUGAUAAAUCUACCCCUUCUGCGUGCUUGUUCGUCGACAUUGGUAUCUUGCCAUGCUUGCUAAUACCAGCAACAUUUUUUAUGAUAUGUGCGUUAUUUUCUGCUUU